AUGGACGCAGAGUAUGACCAUCGCGUGGAACCAUUACUAAAGAAGGAUGUGAUCAAGCUUGUCACGUGUUCAAUGCUGAUUCUGCAGUGUAUCGAUAUGUCUAAUGGGAGAAUACUGAAAUCUUUAACAUCAAUACCAGCACUUUAUUUCUCCUACAACCUUUCUCUUCAAGAAGAUAAUAAACCUAUACGGUUUCGCAGUGUUACAACACCGCUUAUACUCUACUCCAUGUUGGAAACAGUUGCUACGUUUGCCACGUUAGACUUAGCCGACAUCGUGCUGUAUAUAGCGUUGAAGAUUUGUUUGCUGGAAGUGAUACGAUGGAGAAUGAACGAAUUCGGGAGUUCUGGCCCCGGAGAGAGUGUACUUGAUGACAUCCCUACUCAACGUAGAGUGUCGACCUCCCAAGACGCUAUUAUGGAUAUCACGCAAACUAAUCCAACACAAUAU